GCGCUCCGCGGGGGGCCCUUAUAGCGGCUGCGGGGUCGUCUCCUUGACUCUGAGGCGGGCUCGGCUCCUUAUCGGGGGGACAAGGAGGGGGGAGCCGAGCGCUGGGCCCCCGGCCAGCUCCGCAGCUGUGGGCGCAUGGCGGGGGGCGAGGGCAGCGGGGCCACGGCCAGCCUGGGUGGCCAUGGGGAGCCGCUUCCAGCGCGCUGGGGGCCAGGGGAUGCCCAGGGCCGGAGCCGUCCUUGGGGUUCCGUCCCCAGGGCCCUGUGGGGACAGCUCGAGGUGUGUCCUGGGUGCCGUGAGCACAGCCGGGGGCUCUGCCGGGGCACUGGAACCCAUCGCAGCCGGGGAGCGCCUCGACAGAUCCGGGCGGGAAUGGGCAGCACGAGACACGUGGGAAAGCGCGGAGCAUCCCUCAUCAUCAGCUCUUGUCAGGGCUGGGGAGACACGGAUAGCGCUGGACACCGCUGGGCAGCCCUCGGCAGUGCUGCUCCUGGGUCAAGCUGCGAGGAACAUGGUGAUGCAAGAAGAUGCCAUCCUGCACUCGGAAGAUGUAAGCUGUGUCUUGUGCCCGAGCAGCAGCGUUUCUGGGGACGGGAGGAGAGGAGGGUGAGUUUAAGAAAAAUGGCCAUAAUAACUACUCAUCUACAGUACCAGCAAGAAGCAAUUCAAAAGAAGCAGCACAGCACAGCCUGGGAGCAGAUCUCACCAUGAACCUCUUUGUGCCCAGCGUGGAGCGCUCGUCAAACCUCCAGGACCAGCUGAGUCACUUGCUGAAAUGAGGGGGAGCCAAAGGCUUGAGGAAAUCUCGACCAGCACUGAGGGAGUGAAGUGUUCUCCCCCCUCCAGCCCCUGGGGCUCAGAACUGUGUCUGGAUGCUGCUGGAUGUCAGCUGGGAUAUGUGCAGGGUCUGUGCUUCUGGGCACGUGGCCCCCUCUCGUGUGCCUGCACCCACACCUCUGCUCCAGAGUGCUCACCUGCACCUGCACCUGGCUGAAACAAACUUCCCUGAAACUUUGCUCUUCCCAAUGAUUCCUGUGUCUGCUUACUUCCCACGUAGUGUGAAGUGCUCAGCCCACCCCAGCACGCAAGAAAUGCAGAGUUGAGGCAUGGCGUUUAAAUGCAGGUGCCUGCAGUUUGCCACUGCUCUGUAUUUAGCCACAGAGGUGGCACAGAGUGCAGUUUAUUUAGGGCUUUUUAAUCAGUGUGAGCUGCAAGUGCCUGGGCGUGGGAGAGGUGCUUCAGUGUAGGCUGAGGUGCCAGUCCCAGCACAGAAUUUCUGAGACCAGGAAUCCGAGCACACACAUCUGCCAGUGGCCUAGCUGGAUGUGGUUUGGCCAUCAUCCUCCUCAGAGGUUAUCUCAUUUUCCUCUCUGCCAGAGUUUGGAACAUCAUCCCUUUGCCAGCCCAUAUGUGCUGCAUUUGGCCUUCAGCUGCAUUCCUUCUCCUGGGCUGCUGCUCCAGCUUUUGAUGAAGCAGCCUUGGCUGUGGUGUGUGUUUGUGUCUGCUUGGGAAGGUAUCCAAAGGCAGGAGAGCAUCAGGAGCUGCUGUGCUCAGUUCUGCACUGCUCUGUUGAAGGCUAGUGAGCUGUUCACAUGCAGGACCAGCUAUAAAUACUGUGUCUUGUUUUUGGUAAGUCACUUAUCUGGAGCACUUGGAGUGCACGGGAAGCACUUGUUUCCCUGAGUGUGCUUUUCACCAGCUGAUAGGAGCAGGCAGGCUGAGAGCCGACACGGGCCUGCCACAUUCCUGUUGGAAUGCUGCUGGAGUCUGGCUCCUGUGCUGCAGAGCCUUCUCAGACUAGAUUUCACCAUCCCUGCCAGUGUUUUUGCCUUGGGUGACAUUCUGACCCCAGCUUUGCAGGUGCACUUUGGGAAUGAGAGUUUUCCCUGUGACUGUCUUGCUGGUAAUAAAAGCUGUCCUGAACACCACCAAA